AUGCAGCGAUGAGGAAUAAGGAGAGUGGAUUUCCAUAUCUGAUCAUCUGCUUCAUGCUGAUGAUCCUCUGGCAGACGAGGUCCGUUUCUGCUGAUGCUGCCACCAACGCCUUCAAGACCAACAUCACCCUGUUCACUCGCAUCCUGGACCGCCUCCUGGAUGGCUAUGACAAUCGCCUGCGUCCAGGACUGGGGGAUCGUGUGACAGAAGUGACGACCAACAUCUACGUCACCAGCUUUGGCCCCGUGUCAGACACAGAUAUGGAAUACACCAUCGACGUCUUUUUCCGGCAGAGCUGGAAAGAUGAACGGUUGAAGUUUGAGGGACCAAUGAACAUUUUGCGACUGAACAAUUUGAUGGCCAGUAAGAUCUGGACUCCAGAUACGUUUUUCCACAAUGGCAAGAAGUCAGUCGCCCACAACAUGACCAUGCCCAACAAGCUACUGAGGAUCCAAGAUGAUGGUACUCUGCUCUACACCAUGAGGUUAACAGUUCAUGCUGAGUGUCCCAUGCAUCUAGAAGAUUUCCCCAUGGACUUCCACUCAUGUCCCCUGAAGUUCGGCAGCUAUGCCUACACCAUGUCGGAGGUGACGUAUGCCUGGACCCACAACGCCUCAUCCUCCGUGGUAGUGGAGGAGGAGAGCUCCCGUCUCAACCAGUACGACCUGGUGGGGAAAACUGCAGGACAGGAAACCAUCAAGUCCAGCACAGGUGAAUACACGGUGAUGACUGCACACUUCCACCUGAAGAGGAAGAUCGGUUACUUUGUGAUCCAGACGUACCUGCCCUGCAUCAUGACUGUCAUCCUGUCUCAGGUCUCCUUCUGGCUCAACAGGGAGUCUGUCCCUGCCAGGACGGUGUUUGGGGUGACCACUGUUCUGACCAUGACCACCCUCAGCAUCAGCGCCCGUAACUCCCUCCCCAAGGUGGCCUAUGCCACGGCCAUGGACUGGUUCAUCGCCGUCUGCUACGCCUUCGUGUUCUCCGCCCUCAUUGAGUUUGCCACCGUCAACUACUUCACCAAGCGCGGUUGGGCGUGGGACGGGAAGAGCAUUGUGAAUGACAAGAAAAAAGAGAAGGCAUCUGUCGUGAAGAAGAACAACGCGUAUGCCGUAGCGGUGGCCAACUACGCACCCAACAUCACCAAGGACUCAGGCCUGCCCACCAUCGCCAAGGGCGGGGUGUCCGACCCUGGCAAGACCAAGGUGGAGGGCAAGGCCGCGGACAGCAAGAAAACGUUCAACAGCGUGAGUAAGAUCGACCGGAUGUCGAGGAUAAUGUUCCCUGUUCUGUUUGGAAGCUUUAACCUGGUCUACUGGGCCACGUACCUAAACAGAGAACCUGUCAUUAAGGAUAUGGUCCCAUCCAAUUAAAGACUCGACUUCUAUACUGUAUCUGAAUUCGGGGACUAAGAGACAAACCAAAACCACCAGUAACUGCAGGCCUGAGCUCUACAGG